AUGGAGCGGACCCCCAUCCCCGUGCUCACCGUGCAGACCGCGCCCUACGAGGACCAGCGCCCGACGGGCGGAGGGGGCCUGCGGCGGCCCACGGCGCUCUUCGAGAGCCAGCGCAACUACCUGCCCAACUUCGUGCAGAGCCUCCUCUCCUCCGUCGACCUCCGCGACCGUCAGGGCUGCACCAUGGUGGUGGGCAGCGACGGCAGGUACUUCAGCAGGACGGCCAUCGAGAUCGUGGUUCAGAUGGCCGCGGCCAACGGGAUUGGCAGAUUGGUUGUUGGACAGAAUGGGAUCUUAUCCACACCUGCUGUCUCGUGUAUCAUCCGAAAGAUCAAAGCUGCUGGUGGAAUUAUUCUAACAGCUAGCCACAGUCCUGGGGGACCUGGAGGAGAAUUUGGAGUCAAGUUUGAAGUUGCCAAUGGAGGACCUGCUCCAGACAUGGUUUCAGAAAAAAUCUAUCAAAUCAGCAAAACCUUGGAGGAAUAUGCAAUUUGUCCUGAUCUCAGAGUUGAUUUAUCACGCCUAGGAAGACAAGAAUUUGAUCUGGAGAACAAAUUCAAACCUUUCCGAGUGGAAAUUGUGGAUUCUGUGGAAAUCUACCUCAAUCUCCUUCGAAGCAUUUUUGACUUCAAUGCCAUCAGAAACUUGCUGACUGGGCCCAAUCAGAUUAAAAUAAGGAUUGAUGCCAUGAAUGGAGUUAUGGGACCCUAUGUGAGAAGAAUCUUGUGUGAUGAAUUGGGAGCUCCUGCAAAUUCUGCCAUCAACUGUAUUCCUCUGGAGGAUUUUGGUGGACAGCCUCCUGAUCCAAAUUUAACAUAUGCAACGGCCUUGCUGGAGGCUAUGAAAGGUGGGGAGUAUGGAUUUGGAGCUGCUUUUGAUGCUGAUGGGGACCGCUACAUGAUCCUUGGCCAAAAUGGUUUCUUUGUUAAUGCAUCAGAUUCAUUGGCUAUAAUUGCUGCCAAUCUGUCUUGCAUUCCCUACUUUUGUCAGAUGGGUGUCCGAGGAUUUGGCAGAAGCAUGCCUACCAGCACAGCUCUGGACAAAGUGGCAAAAGUAAUGAAGGUUCCUGUGUAUGAAACACCAGCAGGAUGGAGGUAUUUUUCCAAUCUCAUGGACUCUGGACGUUGUUCCCUUUGUGGUGAGGAGAGUUUUGGCACUGGGUCUGACCACCUCAGAGAGAAAGAUGGACUGUGGGCUGUGCUAGUUUGGCUUUCAAUCCUUGCCGCUCGAAAGCAGAGUGUGGAGGAGAUUGUCAGGGAUCACUGGGCAAAAUUUGGCCGGCACUACUACUGCAGAUUUGAUUACGAAGCACUGGAACCCAGGACAGCAUAUUUCAUUAUGAGAGACCUGGAAGCUUUGAUCACUGACAAAUCAUUCAGCCAUCAGCAGUUUGCUGUGGGUAACAAUAUCUACAGUGUGGAAAGAACAGACAGCUUUGAGUACAUAGAUCCUGUGGAUGGCACUGUGACCAAAAGACAGGGGUUGCGGAUUAUUUUUUCAGAUGCUUCCAGACUCAUCUUCAGAAUGAGUGCUUCUAGUCAUGUGAGAGCUACUCUGCGGAUCUAUGCAGAGAGUUAUGAAAAGGAUCCUAGCCAACACAAUAAGGAACCACAGGCUGUGCUGAGUCCACUUAUAGCAAUUGCACUGAAAAUAUCUCAGAUUCAUGAGAGGACAGGACGAAAGGGACCCACUGUCAUCACUUGA